GGCCCGGCUGCCGGGGCCGGCGGGGACAGCGGGGAGGCGGGCCGGAGCGGGGCGGGAGGCUGCUCGGCGGAGGUCGGCGGCGGGCUACAGGGGACGCCGAUGCUCGCACCUCUCCGUCGCGGGCGACGCUUCCAAGGUGAGGCGCGGGCGGGGCGCCCCCGCCGCUGAGGGGCCGGGGGCGGGGCGCGGCGGGGCCUAGGCGGGGUGCGGCGGCCCGGCCGCGACGUCCAUCCCGGAGAUUCGGGUCGGGCGGCGCCACUCCCGGUCCUCGGCGGACCGAGUCGCUCGGCGCCAGGCUCUCCUCGCCGCGGGGUGCGCGCUGCGGCGCGUUGCCUUGCCGGGGCCGUGGGGUCUGUGGGGGUCCGUGGACCUCGGCCCGGCCAGGCCAGGCCAGGUGGAAAGGUGGUCGCUGUGGUGGAGUGGGGAGAGCGUGACUUCGCGGGGCCGGCAGCCCAGGGUGGCGAUAGGGAGGAGCGCUCGCCUUUGGUCUGCGGUGCGCUCAAAGGGGUUUAUCUGUAAAGGGAGAUUUUUCUGUCACGUUUUCAUGGAGGCAUUGUUAAAGCAGGAGCGUUUGGGUGUGUGGUUGUUGAGUUUUCAAAGGGUACCUCACAGGUCUGUUGUCUCAGUGACACCUUGUGCUGCAUCUGCACUGGCUUAGUUGUGUAAUAAGGGCGAGAAGUCGAUGUUCGUGUUGUGGCUACUUAGGGUUCAUUUCAACUUUGGUAUCCAGAGGUGUUCUGCAGUCACACGGAAUUCCUGCUUGUUUCCUGUGUUGCUGAUCAGAGAGCUAUUUGCGUGAGGUUGGCAAGCUGUUUGGAACUGUCAGUCUGAGCCAACAUAACAGUUAGAAAAUUUUAAAACAUUCUCAUAUUGUCCUGGGUUGUUUUUUUCUAACAGGUGGCCUACAGGAGGUGUAGGAAGGAGUCACAUCUGUACAGAGGAGAUCUGGCAGCAUUUAGCAUGUCUUACUUAUCUGUAAAAGUGUUUGGCAGAAAACUCAAGUUUUUUUCCCCAACACUUUUUUUCUAUUCGCUUGGUGGCUAAAAGAUAAAGUAAUUGGAUUCUGCUUGUUUUUCUGGUAGAUAUUUUGCUUAAAUGCAUCUAUUAAUCUUCCCUUCUAGCCUCCAGUUUCUGCUUUGGUCGUGGUUAUACAGCUCUGUAUUUGCAUACAGAUGUCAGUAUUUAAGAGUACUUUGAGAUGGCUAGGUGUAAGUGCAAUUUCAAGUAAGGGUUAGGAGAGGAAAUAGAGGACGAUGAAAGAGGGACGCGUUCAGGAGGAAAACACUAGCUGUUAUGAAUCAGCAUUGCCUGAAUUUGAUUAAGCUGGGAUGAGAACAGCUGUGGUGGCGACAGACAAGGUUGCAGGAAAGCUGAGCUCUACUCUCUCAUGGGUGAAGAACACUGUAUCGCACACCGUCAGUCAGAUGGCCAGUCAGGUGGCAAGUCCAUCUGCCUCCUUACACACUACAUCCUCCUCUACCACUCUGUCUACACCUGCGUUAUCACCAUCCUCACCAGCGCAGCUGAGUCCAGACGACCUAGAAUUACUGGCUAAACUUGAGGAGCAGAACAGGCUCCUAGAAACAGAUAGCAAAUCCUUACGAUCAGUAAAUGGGUCAAGAAGAAAUAGUGGAUCUUCUCUUGUAUCUAGUUCAUCAGCUUCUAGCAAUCUCAGCCAUCUUGAAGAAGACUCGUGGAUCCUGUGGGGGAGAAUUGUGAAUGAAUGGGAAGAUGUACGGAAAAAGAAAGAAAAGCAAGUUAAGGAGCUCGUUCGAAAAGGGAUACCUCAUCAUUUCAGAGCAAUUGUUUGGCAGCUUCUGUGUAGUGCUCAAAGCAUGCCAAUAAAGGAUCAGUAUUCAGAGCUUUUGAAAAUGACAUCUCCUUGUGAGAAACUAAUAAGAAGGGACAUUGCUAGAACAUAUCCUGAACAUGAUUUCUUUAAAGAGAAAGACAGCCUUGGGCAGGAGGUUUUAUUCAAUGUAAUGAAGGCUUAUUCUUUGGUGGAUCGUGAAGUUGGAUACUGUCAAGGAAGUGCUUUUAUUGUUGGAUUACUACUUAUGCAGAUGCCGGAAGAAGAAGCAUUCUGUGUGUUUGUUAAAUUAAUGCAGGAUUACAGACUACGAGAACUCUUUAAACCAAGCAUGGCUGAGCUGGGCCUUUGUAUGUACCAGUUUGAGUGCAUGAUACAGGAGCAUCUUCCAGAACUUUAUGUGCACUUUCAGUCUCAGAGUUUCCACACUUCUAUGUAUGCAUCAUCAUGGUUUUUAACUAUAUUUCUUACAACUUUUCCACUACCAAUUGCAACAAGAAUAUUUGAUAUCUUUAUGUCUGAGGGUUUAGAGAUAGUAUUUCGAGUAGGUUUAGCACUACUUCAGACAAACCAAGCAGAAUUGCUGCAACUUGACAUGGAAGGGAUGUUACAGCACUUUCAAAAGGUCAUUCCACAUCAGUUUGACAGUGGUCCAGACAAAUUAAUCCAAGCAUCUUACCAAGUCAAAUACAAUGCAAAAAAGAUGAAAAAGUUAGAAAAGGAAUACACUACAAUAAAAACAAAAGAAAUGGAAGAACAAGUUGAAAUUAAAAGGUUGCGAACUGAAAAUAGGCUCCUAAAACAGCGCAUUGAAACAUUAGAAAAAGAAAGUGCUUCCUUGGCAGAUAGAUUGAUACAGGGACAAGUGACAAGGGCCCAGGAGGCUGAGGAAAACUACCUCAUAAAACGGGAGCUGGCCACCAUCAAACAGCAGAGUGAUGAGGCCAAUACUAAACUGGAGCAAGCUGAGAGUACCAUCAGGGAGCUCCAACAGCAGCAGCAAUGGAUGAUGGAAUUCAUACCCUGGAUAAAUCAUAAAUGCAGUUCACGAUACAGUGAAGACUUUGUGCUACAGCUGGAAAAAGAGCUGGUCCAAGCCAGGCUGAGUGAAGCAGAAUCCCACUGUGCCCUGAAGGAGAUGCAAGAUAAAGUUCUAGAGAUGGAAAAGAGGAAUAGCUCUCUCCCUGAUGAGGAAAAUGUUGCUAGACUACAAGAAGAACUGAUUGCAGUAAAACUAAGAGAAGCAGAAGCUUUGAUGGGUCUCAAAGAACUAAGGCAGCAAGUCAAAGACUUGGAAGAACACUGGCAGCGUCACCUAGCUCGCACCACUGGGAGGUGGAAGGAUCCUCCAAGAAAAAAUACAGUGAAUGAGCUACAGGAUGAGCUGAUGACAGUCCGACUGAGAGAAGCAGAAACCCAGGCUGAAUUGAAAGAAACCAAACAAAGAAUGAUGGAGAUGGAAACACAGAGUCAGAUCAAUAAUAACCAUUUGCGAAGGGCAGAGCUGGAGGUCACCAGCCUGCAGGAAAAGGUACAGUAUCUUACUGCACAGAACAAAGGACUUCUUGCUCAGCUGAAUGAAGCAAAACGUAGACAAGCGGAGAUUGAAUGUAAGAGUAAAGAAGAAGUGAUGGCAGCACGGCUCCGUGAGGCAGACAGCAUAGCAGCUGUGGCUGAACUCCAGCAGCACAUUGCUGAAUUAGAAAUCCAGAAAGAAGAAGGGAAGAUUCAAGGGCAGCUUAAUAAAUCUGAUUCUAACCAGUAUAUCAGAGAACUGAAAGAUCAGAUAGCUGAGCUGCAUCAUGAGAUCAAAUGCUUAAAAGGACAGAAAGACUUCUCAGACCAACCCACUUUUGAUGGGAUUCACAUUGUCAACCAUUUCACAGGAGAUGAUGAAUCAUUUCAUUCUUCUGAUGAAGAUUUUAUAACUAACUCCAUACAGGAGAGUGGGGUAAACUUUCAUUUACACAGGAGGACUGGACAGAUGGUUUUGGAUCGCACAGUUGUAGACAGCAGUGACAGUGAGAAUGAAGAAAGCACACUCCAGACUGGAAACUUGGACAAGAUGGUUUCCAAACAGAGGAGAAUGGAAUCUUACUCUACUACUGUGUGAUGAUCACUGUGAUUAGCAUUUGAAGACUCUUGUGUUUCUUUAAGGAUUCAAUUGUCAGAUAAUUGAAGGCAUCCAGCAGUUGGUUUAGUAACUAUUGGAUCUGUUCUGGCCUGUGAUAAAUAUACACAUGUACUGUCCAUCUGCCUUCUCUUUGCCAAAUCUUGCUAGUGACAUACCAUUGCUGUGAAGCAGGCUGGGAAGAAGUUAAUGGAUGACGGUUCUGACAGUAUUACUGAAUGUUCCUUGUUUUAGAAACUGCAAAUGUAUAAUUUCUUUAAAUGUGUAAGAAACCUUUUUGCUGUUCACAAGGAUGGGAAUUAUUUUCCUCAAGAAAUCGCUCUUGUGCAAUAUUUUAUGCUCUGAACAAAUGUGUAUGUUUUACAUCAUUCUUCAUUUGUGAUCAAGAUGGACUCUAACCAUCUGAUCAUAUGGCAUAUAUAUAAUUAUGCUUCUCAAUUACUUCUGUUUUAUUAAAGUUACCAAAUGCUCACAGAAGGGUUGAAAGAGGAGCCAUCAUCUGUACUACUUCCUAUAUACAAGUACUGGUCACUAAUGUCAUAAAGGUGGUGUUUUUCACCCUUUUCACUUAGAUUUAUGUGCAUCUGCUUUUGAUGUUGCUAAAUAAUACCUGGUCUGAAUAUAUUAACUACAAUAAUGUUUAUUUUGUACAUAUUUAUAUAAGUGCACCAAGCUGAAAAUGUAUAUUAUACCAUUUUAUACGAGGAAUGUAAAUGUUGCGAUAUGACUGUCUCUCAUAUUCUACCUGGAAAAUGAAUUCUGUAUAUGCACACUAGAAAUGCUAAAUAAAAGUAAAACACUAACUUUACAUUUAGUUUCAGUCUAGCUACGCUAACAGAUUCCUGUCUAACUGAAAUGCUUGCUCAAAACACUAUUGACUGAAAUCUUUUACCUUCAUAUAUAUGUAAUGAAAAUAAAUUUUUCACAAUUUAA